AGUGGCAAUAAUUGACAGUAAUCAAUUCAAAUCAGUUAUUUAUUCGUUUUUUUUCUUCUUUAGUGUGUAAUGUAUUUGGUUCUCCAUCAUUCGCGCAGUUUGUAGUCAUUUGAACCAGAUGAAUUCAUCUUGUAAAUGUUUACCAUUAACACUAAAGGGACUUGGACAGUAAUCUGUCAAGUUCGAAGCUAGUUGUAUGAUUGUGACUUGAGCUCUUGAAGCUGUCAACUAUGGCAUGCGAGGAAGAGAGAACUCAGGAAAACCUGACGGACUCUGACGGACGAAUCCACAUAGUACCAGAUGAGAUGAAACCAGAAACUAGCCAAAACAUUUGCCAGGACUUCCUCUUGGGCAGAUGUGGUUUUGGAGAUAGAUGCCGACUGUCUCACAGUGUGCUUGACGUCCCUCAAACCACACACUCAGAGGAAGAUGAUACAGCCGUCACAGAAAAGAAGAGCAAGACCCGAAAAAAUGGAAAAAAGACUCAUUCUGAAAAGCAGCCUCUAGAGACUGAGAAGGACGACAAUUUAACAAAUGCCACUGGACAACAUGAAGAGUCCAUCAACACAGGAGAUGUUUCAAAUGACCUAGAGCAAGUGACAGAGUUUUCUGAAGAACAGGAUGAUUUUGUAACUUCAGGUAUAGCAACAAAAAACAAACAAGAGCUGGGAGAUGCUGUAGAUCGUUCCUUUACCGAAAAUGCUGAGAAAGGACCCAGUGACGACAUCUUACUUUUGAAAAAACAAUCUGCACCAGAAGACAAAAAGAUGGCAGCUUCUAAAAAACUGAGUUUGAAUCAGUUGGCAAAGGAGUUAUCUGUCGCUCCUAAAAAAGAACAGACUGAAAUAGUGGAAGAAUGGAAGGACAGCUGGGAUGGAGUGAGUGGUUCAAAAGCAGAGCUGGUAUCAUUCAUUCUGCCAAAACCACUUUUAAGACAUCCACCCCCAAACAGACCCACACACUUCAUCUGCUUCCGCGUGGACUCUCCCGCUGCUCUCCAGGCCUUCCAGCGCAUUCAGAGAAAGGUUCUCUCCCUCCUCCCUCAGUCAGAGCCGCUAUGGAUGGACCCCGCAACUUUACACGUAACUCUUUCCUUACUUGUCCUGAAGUGCCCAGAGGAAGUCAGCGCUGCUGCUGAGCUCAUGCGUACCACAAUCAGAAACUCCCACAAACCCGCUAUUUCUGUGUCUUUCACUCCAAAACUAAGGCACUUUAACGGGACUGUCCUCCAUGUGACCCCACAACCCCUGUUCCAUGUCCAGAGCCUGAAUUCCCCUCUUCAAGAAGCCUUCAAGGAGAAGGGCUGGCUACACCGUCAUUCCCGAUCCCCGACGUACCAUCUCACCCUGGCCAAAUCACGGGGGCCCAUGACAGAGAAGAUGUUUGAAAGGAUAGAGACCGUUAAACUGGGCAAAGAUAUCAACUUUGGCAAGCAAGAAGUAAAUAAACUCUAUCUAUGUGUGAUCGGUCAUACAAACACAGAGAAUGGUUUCUAUCAGGUUGUUGGUGCUGUGCAGCUGCCCAAUGUGUAAAAGUGAACUCAUCUGAACUUGGGGAUGAUGGUUAUUAAUUACAUCAAAUACCUGAUGUGUUUUAAAUCAAGGAGUCAGUCUAAUGACUUCUACGUUCUUUAUUUUGUGCGCCUAAUAUCACAUUUAUAUUUAUAGAUGCAGAAGUAUCCCAAAGCAUAGUCUCGUGUAGCCAGACCUUCAUACUGACAGCAGAAAGUCUGGAAUGUAAGGCAGUUUUUAUCGGCCGAGGCCCGCCCGUGACGCCAUUUGACUGACAUAUCAAACAACCAAUCACAGUUCGUUUAAUUCUGUGUCACGUUUCAGGGUGUGGUAAUGUCGCGUGUUAAACUCUCAGAAGUAUUUUAAAGAUUCUAUUCUGCCAACCUUAAAUAUUUGACAUACUUUUGAAUAUCCAGCAUAUAGUUGAUCGUGAUAAGCGCUCGUCGUCACAGUUGUAAACUCGACGUCUUUCUUCUUUCGUGAGUGGGUUUGGCGCCACAGCAUUUUUGUUUCCAGGUGGAGCAUUAAAGAACACGACACACAUGUCUCCCUGAAAUCAUGUAUAAUUCAACCAAUCCAAUGACAACUUCGACACUCCUAAAGUAUUUCAACUUUUCAACUUUGGGUCCCAUGUGCAUCAGACCUUCUGUGGGCGUGACGUCUGAGGCUGGGACUACCCAAAGCAUGACUGCUUAUUUUAGAUUGAAUAGUUGCAAAGACAAUGGAUUAAAGCAUUUUCUAAAUGUUUACAAUCACUUUUAAUUCUAUAUUAUUUCUGUUCUGAAAAAAGCACUUUAUAUCAUUGUUAUAUCUUUAUAUUCUCUUUUUACAAAUGCAGUCAAAUUUUGAUAACACAAGUAUUAGUGACACUGAAAGUUCUUUAUAUGUAUUCAUUUGUUAAUAUUUCAAACCCACCACUAAAAUGAAAUGCAUGGUUGCGAGUUAAAAACUCAGAUUUAUUUAGAUGAGUUCACAAGUUGAUAAAAUAUAAUAAUUAAUCAUUACAUCAAUUUAAAAUUUUAUGUAAUUUAAACAGAUUUUUUAAUAGAUUAUUUUUUUUUAAAUAAAUUGUCAUAACUUAAAAUUGUCUUCAACUGGGAAGUGGAUUUCUAGUUCUCAGCAAGCUUUGCUUUGGACAGGAUGAGGUGAAUAUAUGUUGAAGUAAUUUUUUGUGUUUUUUAUAGUUAAAAGGAAAUAUCUGUUAUUGUUCAACACUGUCAUGAUUGACAUUUUACAAAUUAAAAUAGUUUUUACGUUAAAGUUUUUUACCAUUUUGUUGAAGAAUAAUGCUCAUUGUUAGUUGGUAUCAGGGGUUUGAACUUAGUAGUUAGUAAUCAACUUGUGUAAACAAAUUUGUGUUUAUGCAGUUUAUCAUAAAACCCAAUUUGGUUUUUUGGUUAAACAUAAUUUCACUAAAAGCUGUCAUAACAAAUUUUUCAUAUUUUAUUUUGAUUUCAGUUUGAUUAUAUUUUAUUUCAGUUUAAUGUUGUUUUUAUUUUAUUGUACAUUUCUGAUGAAAAUAAAAAAGUCAGCACACUAGGGCUCUAAAACUACAAAUAUUUUAUAACAGACAAUUACAUUAUUGCAGCACACAAGCUCUUUAUCAGACCUUCAUCAGAGACUGUGUAUUUUUGGAGCCUAGGUGUGAUGACUUUUUUCUAUUUUCAUUAUCGAUAUAUAUAUAUAUAUAUAUAUAUAUAUAUAUAUAUAUAUAUAUAUAUAUAUAU